AGAAGUGUUGAAGAUAAUUUUGGGAAGAAAUAAAUGAAAGGAAGUGGGCGAUUCUUCCAGAAGCCACCAUUAGUUGUUUAUAAAUGAGAAUAAAAAGAGGGAAGUGAAGGGGAAAGAAAAAGGUUAUAGAAAGAAUUGUGGAAGAGAAUUUGCAGCUGAAACUGGAUUGAGAAGCCACUCAAUCAAAGUUAAAAAGUCUGGUUGCUCUUGAGCUUCAACAAGAAUUAUUUAUUAGAAAUUGCCACUCAUAUCAUCUAUUUAUUGCGACAUGUAAUCAAACAUUGAGUUUAUGGUAAGGUUGUAAAUAAUUGCACUGUAUAAGCGACGUAUAUGAUUUAAAUCAAGUUUCAAGUUUAAGGAGGAUUAUUUGGCGGUAGACGCUCCAUCGCGCAUUUGGGGUCUUUUAUCAUCAGAGCUUGUGUGCUGAAUGACUUAGUAGAAAAAUCUGGGAUGAGGCGUUACAAAAUUAUUUCAAACUCACUCUAAAAUAGAGAUAAAAAGUUGAACUAUACAUAAAAAAAGCCAAAAUAUAUAUAUAUACAUAUAUAUUUGUGCUCCAAAACAAAGCAAAGGCAAACCCUCCAAUAUGGGUGGCGAAAUCAUAAGAUUCAUCAAGAUGUUGCCCAUAUUCAUUAUGUCCUCUUUGUAUUGCUAUUUCAUAGCUUCAAAGUUUUCCAAAGGCAAACUUAGGCUCCUCUCUCUGCUCCCCGUCUUCUCUCUCUUCACCGUCCUCCCUCUCUACUUCUCCUCCAUCCUCUUCACGAGCAACAUCGCCUUAUUCGUCACCUGGCUUACGACCUUCAAGCUCCUUCUUUUCUCAUUCGAUUUGGGUCCUCUAGCUUCGGACCCACCAUUGUCAUUCCCUCUUUUUGCUUCUAUUGCUUUCUUUCCAACUAGAGUCAAGCAUAACAAAACAACCCCACCUGACCAAGAACCACCUCCAAAGUUGCCUCUAAACUUGCCAAGCAAAGUGGUGAUACUUGCCAUAUUGAUCUUAGGAAACAGCUAUAUUGUCCUUGUUUGUCCCAAUAAUGUAAAGUUCUGGAUCAAUUGUGUUACAAUAUAUUUCUACUUAGACGUAAUUAUGAGUCUAUCCAAUGUUUUUGUUCGAUCAACUUUCGGUGUCGAGGUCAGACAAGCAUUUAACGAGCCAUAUCUAUCGACAUCGCUUCAAAAUUUAUGGGGUCGGAGGUGGAAUCUAUUAGUAUCUGAAACUUUGCACAACACAAUCUACAAACCAGUUCGUUACAAAGUAGGGAUGCCACGGUGGGUGGCUGAGCUUUUGUAUGAGCUUUUGUAUUACUACAUUGUCAGAGCGAGUCCGACAUGGGAAGCCACGUGGUUCUUUGUGAUGCAUGGAGUGUGUUUGGCCGUGGAGAUUGAAUUGAAGAGGGCGUAUGGGAAAAGGUGGCCGUUGCAUUGGGCAGUUUCUGGACCAUUAACGACGGUGUUUAUGGUAACCACCACUUAUUGGUUGCUUUUUCCUCUAAUGUUGAGGUCUUGAGGGAUUGCCACAUUACAAGCAAUUAUUCCUUCUACCUAGCAUGACGCAUUAUGUAUUAUUUUUAUUCUCAAGGUUUAAGUUACUUUUUUUUUCCCUUUUUUCUAGUGAAAA